CGGUGGGCGGGGCUAGGGAGAGUGACGCCUUGGGGGAAUGGGAGCCGCAGUGUGUAGCUGCCCGAGGGUCGCUGAGAGGCGUGGCUUCCGCACGGUACCGGCUACAACACUAAGGCUUCCCUCCGGUCAGUGUGGCCCUUUCUAUAUAGUGUGAGAGGUCACCGCGGUAGCCACCUCACAGCCCCGCCCCUUCCCCUCUCUAAUGUACGCGCAGCAGGGACUGGCCGCCUAUUGGUUCGUGUCAGUGUUGUCCCGCCUCCUGAGCAGACUCCCAUUGGUGUGAGUGGCGGGUGGGGGGGUUGCGUUCCAUCUUCUUUCUCAUUGGGCGGCUGUGCGGGCAUUGCAUUUGAUUGGCUUGUCGGCGUUGUUCCUUCCUGCAGCGCUGCGCGCUAUUGGUUGCUGGGAGCCCCGCCCGGUUCACACGCAGUGUGUCGCGGCGGCGGUUAGAGUGAGGUAGGCGGGCGCCGCUUCAUUCUGACCCUUCAGCCGUCGGUUCCCGUGUUUUGCCCCCCGUGCCCCGGUCCGACCCCCGGCGGAAUAUGCUGAAGCAGCAACAGGCCCCUCCCAGCCGCAAACCGGCCAUGGCCCCGGCUCAGCAGCAAGGAUCCCCCGGCAGCCCUAACGGGAACCUCCCCCCAGGCGGGAGCAGAAGCCAGGACAGGCCCGGAGCCGGCAGGGGACGGAAUAUCGUAAAAGGACUCCAGCCCCCGGUGUUUGAAGGGGUUUAUAACAAUUCCCGUAUGUUGCAUUUCCUGACUGCCGUCGUGGGCUCCACGUGUGAUGUGAGGGUCAGAAAUGGCGGCGUUUAUGAGGGGAUCUUCAAAACCUUAAGCUCAAGGUUUGAAUUGGCAGUUGAUGCCGUACACAAGAAAACCAGUGACCAAGUCAUGGGGCCAAAGCGGGAGGAUAUUGUCGAUACCAUGAUCUUCAAGCCUUCAGAUGUGGCUGUUGUCGGCUUCCGGAAUGUGGAUUUUAAUUAUGCUACAAAAGAUAAAUUCACAGAUUCAGCGAUUGCCACCAGUUCCAAGGUGAAUGGGGAGCACAAAGAGAAGGUUCUGAUGCGCUGGGAUGGAGGGGAGGCCAGCAAUGACGACUAUGAACUGGAUUCCGACAUGUCCAAUGGAUGGGAUCCUAACGACAUGUUCAAGUUUAAUGAGGAUACCUACGGGGUUAAAACAACGUAUGACAGCAGCCUCUCCUCUUACACUAUCCCACUGGAGAAAGAUAACUCAGAGGAGUUCAGGCAGCGGGAAAUGCGGGCUACUCAGCUGGCACGAGAGAUAGAAUCCAGCCCACAGUACCGCGCCCGGAUCGCUAUUGAGAACGAUGACUGCAGGACAGAGGAGGAAAAGCACAGCGCUGUACAGCGGCCAAACUCUGACCGGGACUCCCCUAGUCUUGGCAGUCGCGAUGGCAAGUACAUCCCUCUACCCCAGCGGGUGCGAGAAGGUGCAAGGGGGGGCAUAAGAACCAGCUCUGCCCGAGGAGGGAGACCAGUCAUGAGUUCAAUGCCUGCCCGGGGAACCCCACAGCAUUACCCCGAAACCAGUUCUAGCCCAGUGCCGGAGCAGAGAGGAAUGAAUGGAGGUCCUUCCCGCAUGUCGCCCAAAGCUCAGCGCCCCAUUCGCUGCACCAAGACUAUGUCCUCCCCAUCCAGUCGCCCCGUGGAAGUGUCCACCUCUCCUUCGGCAGCUUCCCGUGCCUACCCCCCUCUGUCUCCCAAGUCUGGAUCCUCUGUGAGCUGCGCAGAUUCUUCUCCAUUAGGAACCUCCUCGCAGGCGACACUUCCAGAACCCCGGGCAGCUGCAGAGCCCACUCUGGCACCUAAACCUGCCUCUCCGAAGAGCAGCACCCCCAUACUGCUAGGGGAAGGCAAAGAGAUUGCCCCCGCUGCCGUGAAAGAGCAGAGCCGUACGCCAGAGCAGGUCGCCCCAAGCCAAGUGGCCAAGCAGCCCUGUAAAGUGCUCCAGACUGAUCAGAAGAGGAACCAGCUGGACGAGCUGCGCAAGUUUGGGGCCGAGUUCCGGCUGCAGCCUAGUUCCGCCCCAGACCCUCUCUCUGAAUCAUUCCCACUGAGGCAGAGAGACACCUUGGAAGCGAAAGUCCCUCUGGCAGAGACUGCGGCCUGUGAAGGGGUCGAGCCGCUCGACAUCAAGAAGGUUCCCGAGUUGGUGGAAGAGCUGAAGGAGGAGAGGAGCUGUGAGGUAGUGGAGUGUCCAGAGGAAAGUGCCAGCCCCCCAGGCAAAGCAGAGUCGGAGGAGAAGGAGGAGCAGGCAGUGUGCGAUCAAGUCAAGAAAUCUACUUUGAACCCCAAUGCAAAAGAGUUUAACCCCUCCAAGCCUCUGCUGUCUGUGAACAAAGCUACAAGCACCCCAACAUCUCCCGGGCCCCGGAAUCAUUCUUCUGCUGCCACCAUCCCAAUGCUGACGGCUGGCCAGACCGGGGUGUAUGGGCCCUACAUCUCCUACAUCCCACCCAUACACAUGAGCUCAGCAGUGCAGGCUCCUCAGAUGUACCCGUACCCUGUGUCCAGCUCUGUUCCUGGUCAGCAGGGCAAAUACAGGGCGAAAGGCUCCCUGCCCCAGCGCUCUGACCAGCCCAAUUCAGCUCCUCCCAUAAUGCAGGCGGCAGCCGCCGCUGGCCCGCCUCUAGUGGCCGCUACGCCAUACUCUCCCUAUAUUUCUUAUAGCCCCCAGCAGUUCCCUGGACAACCAACGAUGAUGCAGCCCAUGGCUCACUACUCCUCCCAGCCGGUGUUUGCCCCCAUGCUGCAGAGUAACCCACGCAUGCUAACAUCCGGGAACCACCCCCAGGCCUUGGUCUCAUCCUCCAACCCUCAGUACCCCCCCGCAGAGCAACCUACUCCCCAGACCCUCUAUGCUGCUGUCCAUCAGUCGUACUCCCACCAUGCAGCUCAGCUCCACCCCCAACCGGCCAGUACCCCCACCCAGAGCCAGCAGCAGCCUCAGCAUGCUAACCCCAGCCCUGUACAGCACCAGACGGGCCAGCCCCCCCACCUGAGCAGCGGGCAGCCCCAACAGAACCUGUACCAUACAGCCACCCUAACGGCCACCCCACCUUCUCUGACUCCCGGCCCCAGUGCCCAGUCACCGCAGAGCAGUUACCCGCAGCAGGCCGUCUAUGCCAUCCAUGCCCACCAGCAGCUACAGCACAGCUACACCAACAUGUCUCAUGUGGCACAGGCACACGUACAGACUGGAAUAACAGGAGCUCCUCCCCCUCCCCACCCAGGAGCCCCUCAUCCUCCCCACCCAGGAGCCCCCCACCCUGCGCAGGUCAUGCUGCUGCACCCUUCUCAGACCCAUGGGGGACCCCCGCAAGCUGCCAUUCAACAGACAGGGGUAUCCAGCCCUUCCCCAUACGCCUAUUUAGGACAUCAUCAAGUUCAGUCCCAUCCGCCCCAACAACUUCCAUUCCACCCCCCCGGUAACUGAGCUGUGAAUCGGCCCCUUCCAAGUCAUGAACCCGCAAUGAAUCCUGCCUCCAGCCCUUUCUGUCCACACCAUCCGGGAAACUACACAGUCCGGGGAUCCUGAGGUCUGAGGCGAUGGUUUGAGGGCUUCCACAGGCAGCAUGAGUUGCACCUGCCCCCCCAGUGCCCUGCAAGGGAGGCGCCAGGAGCAGCGGAGUUUCCUCCGAGGUGUGGAUCCUACAGCUGGAGGCUCUUUGUGUCCCAUCACAUGGAGAACGUUUUCGUUUUUUCUUUGGCCUGCGAAUGGGGGAGCAGCCUGCUCCCCCCCCCCCCCCCCCUCCAUUUCUCUAACCCAAGACUGGAAUUAAAAGCAAGAUUUUAUUUUUUAUUUAUAAAUACAAUUGGGCAAAUCCAAGCAGUUUUGCGACCCUUCCCACAUCUCCUUCCCCUCGUUAACUUGAAAUGAGUGAUGGACUACUUUUACUUUUUAUUGAAUAAAAAAAUUGAAAAAGUACAAAAAAAGUUUAAAAACCUUAAAAAUAAAAAACAAAGUUUUAA